AAAGGGGGGGGAGAAAGACGCUUGGCCGCCGCUGCGCCUGUUGUACUGUGCUGUGCUGUGCUGCGCGCGAAGCCAGACGAGGAGGCGGGCUGUGGUGCCUGGUGCUCUCCCGCCGCGGCUGCCCUUCUCCCUCUUACUGUCCCUCCGGCAACAUGGCAGGGCUGAGCAGCAGCAUCUCGAGCUUCGGACGGUGCAGCCAUGCCGUGGUGCGGGCUCUGCCAGAGUCCUUGUGCCAGCAGGCGCUGAGGCGAGAGAAGGGUAAGGAGGUGGACUUCGCGCGCGCCGAGCGGGAGUACCAGCUCCUGGUCGGCGUGCUGAAGACCAAGCUCGGGCUGCAGGUGCUGGAGCUGCCCGCCGACGAGAGCCUGCCGGACUGUGUCUUUGUGGAAGACGUGGCCGUCGUGUGCGAGGAGACAGCUCUCCUCACGCGCCCGGGGGCGCCCAGCAGAAGGAAAGAGGUUGAUGCAAUGAAGAGAGCACUUGAAAGCCUUAACCUGAAUAUUGUAGAGAUGACAGAUGAAAAUGCAACCUUAGAUGGAGGAGAUGUUUUAUUUACAGGAAGGGAAUUUUUUGUGGGUCUUUCCAAUCGGACCAAUCGUCGUGGUGCAGAAAUUCUGGCAGACACCUUUAAGGAUUAUGCCGUCUCAACAGUCCCCGUUUUUGGUGCUUUGCAUCUGAAGAGUUUUUGUAGCAUGGCUGGGCCAAACCUCAUUGCUAUUGGUUCAAGUGAAGCUGCACAGAAAGCCCUCAAGACUAUGCAGCAGAUGAGUGAUCACCGCUAUGACAAGCUUACUGUUCCUGAUGAUAGUGCAGCAAACUGUGUAUAUUUAAACAUUCCUGGCAAAGGCCAUAUUUUGUUGCACCGAGCCCCUGAGGAGUAUCCAGAAAGUGCAAAGGUCUUUGAAAAACUGAAGGACCACAUGCUGAUCCCUAUAGCCUGUACAGAGCUAGAAAAAAUAGAUGGAUCACUCACUUGUACUUCUGUUCUUAUUAACAAAACUUCAGAAUUAUGAAUUUAGAGACUCCCUCCUUUGUAACUGGCAAUAAUAAUGUACGAGCAAGAUAGAUGAAUCUGUAUCCACUUUUAUUGGUUUUGUUGACAAUCUACUGUGCCACUGUGCUACUAACCUUUGUUUACAAUGGUGCCCCUUCAGAUGGUAAUUAAGGUGUACAUAUGGUUUUUUCCUAAUGUAAAAGGACUCUGCAGCAUGUUUGGCUGGCCUAACAGAAGACCGUUAUAAUGUUUAAUGGUUUAUAUAAUUGCUGUGAAACUGAACUAGGAACUAGAGCUAGGGGCACUUCUAGCAUUACUUUUGAUUGAUCCAAAUAUUAAGCCCCGUGUCAAGUAUCACUUUGCAGUGGUUAGGUGCAUAUUAAUUUUAUGUAGGCUUCACUCCCAAGACAUGCCUCGAGUUCACGGUUUCCAAAGUGUGAAACAAACAAGUCUCCCUAUGGCCAUAUGACCAGCCUUUAUAGAAUGUGUAAUGUUUUCUUGACCAUCUUAUACAAACCAGAGUUGUACCCAGGAGGACUGUGCUGACCUGCACCCUUGUGCCUAAUAUCCCAGAAUAACACAGGUGCUAGGGCCUAAUAGUAAAGUGCUUAAUUUUCUGCUUCUGCUGCCGAGGAUGACAUCACAGAACACUUCCAUGUGUUCCAUGGUUUCUCCAGUCCUGUCCUGUGGAUGCCCCUAUCCUGUAUGCCCAGUAUUGGUGAGGAAUAAACGCCAACUACAUCUUUUUUCCUUAGUGAAAAAAGACUGUCACAGGAAAAUCUGGAGAUGAUUAGAAGAAUGGCAGGAAAGGACUGCUUAACUCAUUCCUCCGUGGCUGUUAUUCUGCUCAACAAUUGCCACUCAUGGGGGAAUCAUAUGGCCCCCAGUCUGCUUAGGGAAGGAUUUUGAGUGGAAAAUGGUAGCAAGAAAAGGGCUAAGCAACCUUACACCAUUCCUCUGCUCUGAAACAUCAACAAAAAUAGUGCCAUCCCCCAAUUAGUGGAAAUACUGUUGUACUUUUGAGGAUCCUGUCUAUUUAUAACAUAAACGUGAAAGCUACAUUUUCCUUCUCCUCUGUUCUUUUUCCCUUCCUUUGCUUUCCAUAACUGUUCUCUUGCUCUCUUCCAGACAUAGAAGUUAUAGGAAACGUUUCUAAAAAGAAAGAAAUUCAAUAGCAUUAGGAACCUGUGUUUCUGUGUGGAGGUCUGUGUGACCUCCCCUACAGUACCAGCUGCAGUGUAAAACUAACAGUGCUCAUUAUCCCAUAGUAUCAUGUUGCUACUUGUUGGGUUCUGCAUGAGCAGAAUCCUUUGCAAACUGCAGGGGGCACCUGGGGAAAAAGCUGCUGCAGAAGAGGAUUCAAAGGAGAUUUUAUUCUGGUAGUCUUGAAUUACAGCAAGGUUUAAAUCAUUUGUAAGUAUGUACUAGAAGCUGUGACAGUGACCUGUUUGUUUACCUUUUUUAACCACUGCAAAUCCUGAGAACUCACAAUUUAAUUUUCCCCUGAUUAUGUUUUUUUUAAAAAAUAGGGAGUAUAAUAAUGCAAAUCUCAGAAAUAAUGUGGUGACACUCAGAUAACUGGCUUUGCAAAAGUUAUAUUGCCAAAUUAUUAUGCUUUACUUAUGCUUUUGAGGGAAUUUGUUUAUGUUUUAAAAUUUCAUUUGGUCAACUUUGUUAAGAGCUGAUGCUAAACUUCUUGGAAAAGUCUGAGAAUGAAAAAAGUGGGAUGUCAGGUCAAAAUGUUAUUUUUACCAAGGUAUUAGAAAUAAGGAAGAGAGUUAUUUUCCAACAGGUUACCAUGAGUACUUUAUCUAAGCACCACAGUUGCCGUGCCUAGAACAAUGGAUAUCUUAGGCAGGAUUUUUUGUUUUUAAUUGUGUGAAUGUUUACUAUGGAAUUCAAUUGAAAUACUUGUUAUGGCAAAUUCUGCAGCACAUUUAUGGCCUUAGUCAUAUGUUUUUCACCGCACAAAAGAAAAGAAAAUACAAUUGCAUUUUCAUGAAAUCUAUAAAGAAAUCAUAAAGAAUGGAGAGAUUAUGUAACUAAAGUAGGGGCUGGAACUCUCCGAAGGCUCACAUAUAAGUCAGACUGUUUUAGCAACUUCCUGGGAAAUCCUGUCACUUUCUAAAGCUGCUUUUGGCCAGCAGUUUAGUUGCAAUAUCAGGAAGUUCAUAUCGCUACGUAAAUAGGAUAAGAAAUGAAAGCUGAAACUAUUCCAUGUAACCAUAUGAAAAUCUAAGAAGUAAAUGGCUUAUUCUUAAAUGCUUUCUAAUGAAUUAAUCUUUUAUUCCCUUUAAUGAGAAAAUGUUCUCUCUCAAGAAUGGUAGAAAACAUCUUGUUUGCCUGUUAAGUAUUGAUCAUGUUCUGCCAGAGACCUUAACAUAAUUUUACAUAUGGGGAAACAGAAAAACAUCCACAGAAGAGCCAGUGCUGAUUCUUAAUGGAAAGAUUUAAUGUAAUGUGUAUUUAAAUGGGAAAUAAGGGCUGCUUCACCAUAUGAAAGUAUAUUGGUAAGAGGUGUUAACCAUGUAAAAAUUAUAGGGAGCUUCAUAAUGGUAUUUCCUUGCCCAAAAAAAUGGCUGCGUAAACUCAGUCUUAAAUUCUUCAACAAGUCCUCAUCCUUCACCAAAUGAAGGGAAGGAGAAGGGGCACGAAACUACCACUACCUUCUAACACAAACCCCACAGCACAAAAGGAGAGGAGUUCUGCUUUGUUAUUGCUAUAAUUCUUGUUACUACACAGUGCAAAGCCAGUUAUUCUUCUCAAAUGAAGCCAGAAGUUGAACAGCCCUGUGAAAGGUUCAGUAUUUUUGGUGCUUCCUAUCAUCUCUGUUGCCUACCUAGUGUUCAGCUGUUAGUAUAUUUCCAACGUAUACAUGUAUCUUUCCAAAUGAAAUCUGGUGGGUUAUUUAUGUCUGUUUUAUGCUCAUACAUUUUUUAUGAUACCUCAUAUGACUUGUUUGGAACUGCAGUUAGGAAGUGAAGAAUAGGGAAAGCAGCUGGGAAAACCAUAAAAUAUUGCACGAGAAUAGAAACUUUUGUGACAAAUUUUCUGAGAGCCCAAGUAUCUCAUCAGAUGCUCUUCAGUCACAUGUUUUAAUGCAUCUGAUAGUUGUAGUAUUACCAUUUUUCCUGAUUUGAUCAUGACAAUUCAUGAUCAUAUCCUGAAUCAAGAACCAUCUUUCUCAACAACACAGCAAUGUUAUGAUUUUCAUGUAGAGAAGAAAAGAUUCCUUGGACUCUUUCAUUCUGUGAUUUCUCAUGUUUGGCUUGACCCUUCUAUCCAUUCUCCUUUGCACAAUAGAAAUACAUACAUAAACACGUGUAUACUUCAGACUCAAUUUAUAUAGGUCAAUUUCAUAGCGUAGCAAAGUUUCCUGUUGAGGCUUAAAUUUUACAGGGUAUGUAGGAUUGAUGCCAAAACCAGUAAGUUUGAGUCUUAAAUCUCUACAGUUAAUGUGUGGUCAGACAGAGUUGCUGUUUUCUGUGGCCAUCCUAUAUCUGCCAUAAAGUUUAUUUUUAGGCUAAAGAACUGAACAUUGACCUGAACAAGAAAUAGUGGGUUGAACUUCUGUUUGGCCUUGACUCACAGACAGUUAUACAAUCAGCAAAAUUAAGUGGCAAAGCCAUUCAUGUUAUGCAUCAUUUUAGGUUUCAGAAAGGGGACAGCAUGUUUGAAUAGUCUCCUGUAUAAAAUGUAGCAGGUCAAAGAGCAGUGUUCAGCAUAUCUUUCUCCACUGAUAAGGUGUUUUUUUUCUAUGUGCAGAGAAUCUUUUGUUGGAUCAUUCAAAUGUACAAUGUUCCAUGAGCAGCUUGAAGUAGCUAAAUUCAGGAAAAUAUAUUUACCACUUGAUCCCACUGAUGGUAUAAAUUGGCCCUGUAUCUGUUACUGGCAUCUAACCUGGCCCUCUCACAUAACCCAUCUCCAUGCUAAAAUGUCCUGAACAGAUUAAAUGAAAAAGUGGCAAGUCUAACACUAUUGUAGGUGCACUUACCUCGUUCCACUUUUUCCCUGUCAUUGUCCAUUGUGUACUUGGUGGCCUGUAUCCAGUCAAGUAUUUAAGAAAAGCUAAGUGUUUUUAAAUUCUCUUACAAGGAGGCAGUGAUUUCUGAAACCUCUCCUCUCUCACUGCAGCCUCCUGAGUCCCUUUAAAUCUUUCACAGAUGCAGUGUUAUAGAAGUCCCUCCUUCCCAAUAUUUUGUCCUAGGGGCGGUCACUGGCCCUUCAGGAACAGCAUAACGAUGGUCUGCACUAAGAGGGGAGAAUCAGUGGAAAUUGCCACCCCCUCUUGAGAAAAUUUAAGUGCCCUUAAUGUGAUUGUUAUAUAGGCUGGUAUCUUUUGUCCUGAACUUUGGUGGUAGUGAUGUUGGAAAUCCUUGAUAGGCUUCCCUGUUCCAGGCCUUGCUGCCUGGCUUGUUUUGCAUGAUUAUGGGCUGACUAAUGUGAUGCAAUAUGUGGGUUUCCCUGUUGGACAGAACAUGAUCAGUGUCAGCUAAGGUUCCCUUGCUUGUGCCAAUAAAGAGUUUGUAUACAUGUUGUACCUUAGUUUGCUACCCUCGGCAUUUUUCCAGUCCCACCCACACCGCAAACUAUACACUCAGUUAAAUCUUACACAGAUGCAGUGUUAUAGAAGCAUCAUGUGGAUUUUUAAGGACAUAUGCAAUACAACAAUCCCCUUGAGAGGGGCUCAUGUAGAACACCAUGUUCAGCUUGGUACAGAAUGGUAAAAUUUGCUCCCUUUUUUCCUUUCCCUUAUUAAAAACAAACUCUCGUUGGUACACUCUAGCCACUUAAAAUUAAUCUGAGUAACAAUCAAAAAGUCCUCAGGAGUUGGUGCGUAUCCAUAGAGAAUAAGAGAACCUGUUUGAAAGUAGUUUUCAUCUCUUAGUAGCUGUGAACAAAAUAUCAGGAACCUCACAUGAACUCCCAGAAAGCCUGCUGGUGGAUGUCUGAUGAUGUAACUUGUAUAGAGUCACAUAUGAAUCAUGUGCAUUGUACUGCUCUUCGGAACACAAAAUAUUACUACUAAAUCACCACAGUAUUAGACUGUUACCUUUGAAAGAUGCUUACUAUAGUACAGAAUACUGUUCCCCCCCCCUUUUUUUGUGUGUGCGUGCCAAAACGUUAAAGCGUUUCAUAGUCUAACACUGGAAAAGUUAUUCUGGGUUUUCUUUUUGUUUGUUCUGUCUUUUGCAGUUUCAGUACUUUAUGUACACCCAUCACUAUGGAAUAAAAU